AAUGAUUUCCGAUUUCCCCCCAAAGCCCGCCCAAUGUGAGAGAAAAGGCAGAGCCGGGAAAUGUUUUUGACUUCCCAAAUUUAAAACAAAAACCCAAACAAAAAUCAAAUUCCAAAUUCCAAACUUCAAUGCCAUGGCAAUUCUCAGAACCGCGCAACUUAUAGCUUUUGAAUUUAUGGGAAAUGGCGCUAUUUCUUACUCUCGCUCGCUACAAAAUCACUUCCUAAUCUCAAACCACUCCCUCCGUCCUCCCCUCUCUUCUCUUCUCUCUCUGCAAUUACACUCCCUUCCCAUUUCCGCCUAAAUCCUCCAACUACGAGGGCUAUGGCGGAUCAGGAGAACUCCGUGCGGAUCACAAGGGCAGCCAAGAAGAGGGCCGCUGCUGCCAUGGCCGCGUCAGAUUCACUGCAGCUUCCGCCCAACAAGAAGCGUGUGGUCUUGGGGGAGCUUCCCAAUUUAUCCAACGUCGCUGCCACUCCGGCUGCUGUGCCCGCUUCUGGAGCCCAGAAGCAGAAGUUUAGGCCCAAGAAGAAGGAGAAGGUGAAGGCGGCGGUGGUGGCGCCUGAUGUUGGUGCCAAGUCGGAUGAUCCGCAGAUGUGUGGGCCUUACGCUACUGACAUUUACGAGUAUCUUCACAGCAUGGAGAUGGAGCCAAAGAGAAGACCAUUGCAUGAUUACAUUGAGAAGGUUCAGAAGGAUGUGAGUCACAAUAUGAGGGGGAUUUUGGUGGAUUGGUUGGUGGAGGUUGCAGAGGAAUACAAGCUUGCGUCUGACACUUUGUAUCUGACCAUUUCUUACAUUGAUAGAUUCUUAUCUUCAAAAGCUCUCAACAGGCAGAGGCUCCAGCUAUUGGGUGUUUCUUCAAUGCUCAUUGCUGCAAAGUAUGAAGAGAUCAGCCCUCCACACGUGGAAGAUUUUUGUUACAUAACAGACAAUACAUACACCAAAGAGGAGGUGGUGAAGAUGGAGGCUGAUAUUCUAAAAUCUCUUAAUUUUGAAAUGGGCAAUCCCACAAUAAAGACAUUUCUCAGACGGUUCACCAGGAUUGCUCAAGAAAAUUACAAAACUCCCAAUUUGCAGUUGGAGUUUCUGGUUUAUUACCUUGCAGAGCUAAGUUUGUUGGAUUAUGGAUGUGUGAAAUUCUUACCUUCCAUGGUAGCUGCAUCAGUUAUAUUUCUUUCAAGAUUCACACUCCGUCCAAAGACACAUCCUUGGUGUUCAAGUCUGCAACAUCAUUCUGGAUAUAAACCAUCAGAGCUGAAGGAAUGUGUUCUAAUUAUACAUGAUUUACAACUGAGUAGAAGAGGAGGUUCUUUGGUGGCAGUAAGAGAGAAAUACAAGCAGCAUAAGUUCAAAUGCGUGGCAACAUUGUCUUCCCCCUCAGUGAUACCGGUUUCUUAUUUUGAAGAUAUUAAAGAAUGACAAUUAUGGUGUGAUGCGGUGUUUCAAUUGACAAUGAAUCUGUGGGAUAUUCACCUUUUGUAAAGCUUGGAAUUACAAUAGAGGUUCCUGCACCCCUGCACCAGAAGUCUUAACAUUUUAGGUUGAUUAGUUGAUCUUAUUGAUGGAAGGGAACCUUGGGUCGGAUUGAAUUCUUUGCCAUGGACAAAUGGUUUUUGUGCCAGUUUUUCUCAUCUAAUGCUGGGAGACAUCUAUCUGGAACUUGAAUAGGCUGGUGGGCGCUAGCAAUCAUUGAUAGUUAUCCCCUUCAAGGAUAGAAGUUUUAUUAGAUUUUAAAUUCCUAUCAUAGAUGAUGUUGACAUAAAAAAAAAUUGCUUGGUUCUGUUUAUAGCUCCAGUUUGUAAUGCUGCAUGGUGAACUUGUAUGCUUGAAUUUUGAAGCCUCCAAUUUCAGGAUCUUAAAAUGAUGUACAAGUCAAAUAUUGAUGAAUCAAUAUCUACCUAGAGAAGCAUUACUGUCA